AUGUCCGCCGCUGCGGCAAUUGCUGCGGCUGCCCCUGCCAACAUCACAGCCCGGCAAGGUGCUCUCCCGGGUGCCACCUUCUACGGCGUCUGGGCAUCCACCCAUUUCGAGUCGACAAUCCCCAACGGCGGCGCCCAGGUCGUGUUCCAACAGGGCUUCACUCUCAUCGACAGCGAUGGCGACAUCAUCUAUGAAGGCGCGAAUCCCGGCAACUACGCGCCUUGCAACACCUUCCAACAAGGUUUCACUGUAUCAGGCAGUUGUCUCUCGACUCCAAUCACGUUUCACUGCGCCUCGAAGCCUGCGAGUGGUACGCCAGACCGCUGUGCUGCUUGGCUGAGCGAUGACCCGAACGCAAACGAGACCCCGCCAACCGACUGCGAGGCUGGAAACAGCGACGUCUAUAACAACUUCCUCUCAGCCGGGCUGAACGGCGGGUGCGCCGUGAGUUUCUAUACCAUCGCCGAUUGUGGCGCUGACGCUGGUCUGACCGUCGAGACCAUCGGCGACCUCAACCUGCCUGACAUUGACACAUGUCCUGGCGACAGCUAG